AUAAUUUUCAUCUAAUCCAAAUGCUAUAGUGCAGAUUUAAUAAUGUACGUCCUGUAGUGUAUUGGCAUCAAGAAUGUGCCACUUAUGGACUAAUCUCAAGAUAAUAAUAAAAUGAAAAAGAAUCUCACCAUUAAACAAUUCUUUUGAAUGAACAGAAAAGUUCACAAAAGAGGACGAGUGAAGUAGGUGGUUUAGUAUGAAAUUAUUGGUCUAAUCAUGCAACUUACUUUAAGAGAUUUGUUUUGAUCUUCAUUGGCUGGCAGAAUCAAACGGCUCCGCCUCGUACAUGUAGUGAAAAAAGAGGAAUUGAUGAGUUCAAAGUGAGAGACUUUUCAUAUGUCUAUAUAUAUAUAUAUAUAGCAGAGAUAAGAUGAGUGUAGCAUCAGCUAUGGCAACAGGUGGCAGUGUAAAGCUUUUUGGAGGGCCGGUGAGCCCAUAUGUCAACAGGGUUGUGAUGGCGCUUGAGAUGAAAUCUGUCGAGUACGAGUUAGUAGAAAUGUAUCCACACCAAAAACCCGAGCUUCUCAGCAAAAUCAAUCCCGUCCACAAGAAAAUCCCGGUGCUUGUUCAUGGUGAUAGGCCAAUCUGUGAGUCUCUCAUCAUUGUUCAGUAUAUUGAUGAAGCAUGGACUAAUGGCCCUUCCAUCCUUCCUACUGAUCCCUAUGACCGAGCCAUAGCUCGAUUCUGGGCUGCUUUUGUUGAUGACAAGUUUUUUCCAUUACUCAGGCAAAUGAGGGAGGCUGAUGGGGAGGAGGCUAAAAUGCUGGUUUUUGAGAAAGUAGUUGAAGCAUCUCUGUUGUUGGAGGAGGCAUUCAUCAACUGCAGUAAAGGCAAAGCUUUCUUUGGUGGAGAUAAUGUUGGUUACCUUGAUAUAGCUCUAGGGAGUUUUGUGGGACAUUUAAGGGCGAUGGAGAUGAUGAAUGCAGCUUAUAAAGUCCUCGACGAGACCAAGACUCCUCGUCUGGCCGCAUGGGCUGAGAGGCUCUACUCAGACAGCCUUGUUAAGGAUGUUAUGCUUGACCCUCAGGAACUUGCAGAGCGUCUCAAGAAGUUCCAUGCCAUGUCAAAACCUGAUUCUAAUUGAAACAUCGUUUUCUUUGUUUUAUCAUCGUUGUUGUUAUUGGAAAGAUUCUCCAUCUUUCCUCCACAUCAGAUGCUCUUUUCUACUGAAUUUGAUUCGAAUAAUGAGCAUUUUAAACUUACAAGCUUUGGAUAUUAACAAGUUGUUGAGGUGAUUCCAUUUACAGAUCAGUGUACUAUCUGUAAAAUUAUUGAUAAGCUUUUCAUUUAGUUUACUAAA